AACACAAGUUUGGUGACAUGAUCACAGCUAAAGUCCUUUUUGUUCAAGAAAAACAUGUGGGCGUAGCGGAUCAGACCCAAAAGAAAUCUAAUACUCUGGGUAGAGACUAUGAAGCAAGAAGUCCAAUAAGAAUUGGGAAGCCCGUAGUUGAGAAGGAGAAGUUUUAUACGAAAACAGAUCCAACCUCGCGAAGCACUACAGAUGGGAAGGCGCUCUGCUCAUGUUCUCCUUCCCAAGUUGCAUGGAUCACUCGGGAAAGACCUCUGCAAUUCCAUACAUGUUCCACUCUCCCUUUCCUUCUGCUCCCAACCUGUUUCAGAGACACCUUCUGAAACCCACUAUACCCAAAUUAAUGAGCUUCCUGUAGAAUUUAGCAACCAACCCGAUUCACAGGAACAGGAACGGCUUGAACGAGUUAGCAACUUUCGAAAUUUACUUGAGAAAGGUCGCGGACAUGCCGUCCAAAAGUUCAUCAAAUCCCUGGUUCUUUCUAAAAGCCCAUUUUCUUCUCCCUUCGACAUUCUCGCCUACUUCUCUCUCUCAGCACCCUCCUUGAAACCCGUCUUCUCAAAUUUGCUUUUCCGGGCUUGCUCCGAGUCCGAGAUGGUCGAUGAGGCCGUGGAGUUGUACUCUUUGAUGAGGAAAGAUGGUAUGCUUCCUUCGACUGGUUCUGUGAAUCGGUUGCUCGAAACUUUGAUUGUUUUGAAACAGUAUAAGAAAAUUCUUGAUCUUUUCUCGGAUUUUGUGGAGUCUGGUAUUCGACCCAACACUUUCUCCUACGGCAAAGCUGUUCAGGCGGCAGUGAUGCUGAAGGACUUGAAAAGGGCUCUGGAAUUGAUGAAUGACAUGGAGGAGGUUGGAGUUAGCCCAUCGUCGUUUAUUUAUAACCUGGUAAUAGGUGGGUUGUGUAAAGCGCGGAGAACCACGGAUGCCCACAAUCUGUUUGAUGAAAUGAUCAAAAGGAAGCUGGUUCCGAAUUUGGUUACUUAUAAUACGCUGAUUGGUGGGUACUGUAAGGUGGGAGAAAUAGAGAGAGCUUUGGCUUUGAGGAAGAGGAUGAUGAUCGAAGAUGUGGAGCCUAAUCUUGUCACGUACAAUACUUUGCUGAGUGGUCUUUGUGAUUCACAGAGGAUGGCAGAAGUGAGGACGUUGUUGCAAGAGAUGGAGGCUCAAAAGUUUUUGCCCGAUGGAUUCAUUCGUUUUAUAUUUGAUGAUGUUUCGAGUGGAAAUGGUUAUACUUCACCGGACAAAGGGUGGACAAUCGACGAAUAUACUUGUAGUAUUUUGUUGGAUGGAUUAUGCAGAGCGGGGAUGGUUGAAAAGGCCAUGGAGGUUUUGGCCAAACUAACAGAGAGUGGAUUUAUACCAAGUAAGAUAGUGUACAAUAUAUUAGUGAAUGGAUAUUGCCAAAAGGAUGACACAGAGAAAGCCAUACUGACAAUUGAACAAAUGGAAGAACUUGGAUUGGAGGCUAGCUAUGUGACUUUCAAUACCCUGAUUAACAAGUUCUUCGAAAUAAAGGAGGUGGACAAAGCUGAGAGAUGGUUGAAGAAGAUGGUACAAAAGGGUGUUCUCCCAAGUCUGGAGACUUACAACAUUUUAAUUAAUGGCUACGGCUCCAUGAGUCAAUUUGACAAAUGUUUCCAGAUCCUCGAGGAAAUGGAAAAAACAGGGAUAGAACCAAGUGUCUUAAGCUAUGGUAUUCUAGUAAAUUGCCUGUGCAAAGGAGGCAAGCUUCUUGAAGCUGAACUGAUCUUUGCGGAUAUGUCAAACCGGGGGGUUUCUCCAAACGCAGAAAUAUAUAAUAUGCUCAUCGAAGGCAGUUGCACGAUGGGCAAAAUGACAGACGCCUUGAGAUUUUUUGAUGAAAUGAUUAAAAAUGGACCAGGUGCAACUCUUGUAACAUACAAUUCGCUCAUAUAUGGACUCGGAAAAGAUGGAAGGAUAACAGAAGCUGAAGAGUUUUUUCACCAAAUGAUUAGCAAUGGAUACAGUCCGGAUGUGAUCUCAUACAACUCCUUGAUCGCAGGAUUUGCUAGGUCAGGAAACACCCAGAAAUGCCUUGAAUUGUAUGAUAAUAUGAAGAAAGAGGGCAUAAAACCUUCUGUUAGGACGUUUCAUCCUUUGAUCAAUGCAAGCAUCAAGGAAGGGGCGGUGACAGCAGAGAAGCUGUUUCAGGAAAUGUUAGAAAUGGGUUUGGUUCCAGAUCGGGUUGUAUAUAAUGCAAUGAUUUACGCUUACACUGAAGAAGGGGAUGUUGAGAAGGCAACGUCUUUGCACCAACGGAUGGUUGAGCAGGGUAUUAAUUCGGACAGAGUAACUUAUAACAGCUUAAUUCUGGUAUGGCUUAGAGAUAAAAAGGUGUCGGAAAUCAAGCAUGUUGUUCAAGAGAUGAAGGUUAAAGGAGUGGUUCCAAAAGCCGAUACAUAUAACAUACUGGUGAAGGGAUAUUGCGACUUGAAGGAUUUCAAUGAGGCGUACUUUUGGUAUACAGAAAUGUCUGACAGAGGUUUUUCCCUAAAUGAACGCAUCUGUUAUCAACUUAUCUCCGGACUUAGCCACAAGGGUAUGCUACAAGAAGCUCAAAUCAUUUCCUCAGACUUGAGUUGCAGAGCACAAUAACUAGUACAAGGCUCAAGUAGUAAAUCUUCGACAUUCUAGAACAGUGUCACAAUUUUGCCCGUGAGUGAUCAAGUAGAAGUAUUAGAUUCAUUUGUUGUAGCCACAAUACAAUGUAAACUCUGCAGACGAUUUCUAUUGCUUCUCACUCCAAUUUACAUCGUUAAUUUGUCAAGGCCACAGUCUCGUGAGAAAUCGUGGGGGUCAUGCUUUGUUUUAGAAGGGGCAGAAGUAGAUUAUAUUUUCAUAAUUCGUGUAGCAACAGUGUGAGUUGUGUGUGUCAAAGAAUGAAUGGUGGAAAUUACGUUUUCCAAAAGCAGCCACCAAUACGGUGAAAAGUGAACAUGCAUUCUGGAAAUGAUGUAAUGUAUUCAUUUCCAUGUUCUGAUACCAAUUUCAAAGUGCUUCGAAAUGAUAGGGCUAUGUUUCAAUGAU